CGCCCAGUCACCGCCCACCGUGCGGAGUUCCAGUCAAGGGGCGUUUCCCGCUGCCGGCGCGGUAGUCGCGGGGUCACGGCGUCCAGGCCAGCUGCCUCAGCUCUGUAGUGUCUUGGGACUGAGGAGCCGCGUUCUGCGCUCAGCACCCGAAGCGGGCCGGCCAGCCGGAACGUCGGCGAGAGCUGUGGGUGGUUCGAAGUCGCUCCUGAAGCAGCCGCAUUUUAAAAGUAGGGCUGUUGCUGCGGCGGUGGAAGGAGGCAUAGCCACCAUUUUAAGCGAAAAGCAGCUUUAUAUUGAGUUCCAGAAGGAGCCGAUAGGUGACCCUACGGUCAACCAUGGUGCAGUUUUUAUAGUUGCAUUAUUUCGAGCCGCCAAUUACGAUUUUAUUGGUACAUCAUCUUAAAAUUGCGCUUCCUGCAGAGCGGCGACAAAUAGUGAAGCCAAGAGCGGACAUCUUUAUUGAUGGCAGCCCUCACAACAUUGGGACACUCCCUUCGCUUAUUGGUUGCUCUAGGAGCAGGCGCUUCCGGACUGGCCAAUCGUCUCGCGACUUCCAUCCGCUGUCCGCCAUCUUACCUUUGGUCAUGCUCAACCGCAGCAGUGUUUGGUGAAGCCUCUAGUCGCCUUCUUGGUUGAGGGCGGAAGCGAGGACUGCGUAGCGCGGGCGGUGGCCGCACAGUUCUGUAUCCACGUGGUAGCGGCGCUCAGGAUGCUUCGCCGUGAGGCCCGCCUGCGCCGCGAGUACCUGUACCGCAAAGCCCGCGAGGAGGCGCAGCGCGUGGCCCAGGAGAAGAAGGAGAAGGUGCGGCGCGCGCUCGAAGAGAACCGUCUGAUCCCCACGGAGCUGCGCAGGGAGGCCCUGGCCUUGCAGGGCUCCCUGGAGUUCGACGACGCUGGCGGUGAAGGUGUGACCAGCCAUGUGGAUGAUGAGUAUCGUUGGGCAGGGGUUGAGGAUCCCAAGGUCAUGAUCACUACUUCCCGAGACCCCAGCUCCCGCCUCAAGAUGUUUGCAAAGGAGCUGAAGCUGGUGUUUCCCGGCGCCCAGCGCAUGAACCGCGGCCGACACGAGGUGGGGGCGCUGGUGCGAGCCUGCAAAGCCAACGGGGUCACGGACCUGCUGGUCGUCCAUGAGCACCGAGGCACUCCUGUGGGGCUCAUUGUCAGCCACCUGCCCUUCGGCCCCACCGCGUACUUCACGCUGUGCAACGUGGUCAUGCGGCACGACGUCCCCGACCUGGGCACCAUGUCGGAAGCCAAGCCCCACCUCAUCAUGCACGGCCUCUCCUCCCGCCUGGGCAAGCGGGUCUCCGACAUCCUUCGUUACCUGUUCCCUGUGCCCAAAGAUGACAGCCACCGGGUCAUCACCUUUGCCAACCAGGACGACUACAUCUCCUUCCGGCACCACGUGUACAGGAAGACCGGCCACCGAGACGUGGAGCUGACUGAGGUCGGGCCCCGCUUUGAGCUGAAGUUGUACAUGAUCCGCCUUGGCACUCUGGAGCAGGAGGCCACCGCAGACGUGGAGUGGCGCUGGCACCCCUACACAAACACCGCACGCAAGAGGGUCUUCCUGAGCACAGAGUGAGGCCUGGGCGGCGCGUCUGCUGUGGGCCGUGGGCUCAGGACAGCAGGCAGGGCAGGUCCAAUAAAGUCUGCCACGCUGCCCC